CCCGCCCUGUGCGUGCGUGCGCGCGUUAAACGACCAAACUAAGAGGAGGAGGAGCCGUGGGCUCGUGCGAUGCCCCCUUGUCUCCCUCCCUCCUUCCCUCCCGUAUUCUUUUCAAGAGAGAAUGAAAAUAACGGAACGCGCGCGCGCAAGAGAGAGAGAGAGAAAGAGAGGCGGGGGGAGCUGUUGGUGGUGCUGCGCGAGCGGAAAGGCGUCAUUUUAGCCCAAAUACGAGUCACGCAAAGAGCGGCGGCGGCGAAGGAAGAAAGCAAGAAAGGGGGUGGCGCCGUGAAGACGUCAAUAUUGUAAUAAUAAUUCGCGCGAGCCUCGGUUUCCUAUUCUUCUUCGUCCGCAUCAUCAUCAUCACCACCACCACCAUCAUCAUCAUCAUCUGCAGCAAAGCAGCGGAAAAGCAGCACAGCGACCGGGAUGGCUGCGUCUUCGUCGGUGAUCUACCGCGCGAGGCAUCGCCAGGGCUGCGGCGUCGGUGCGCGGUCGCACGCGGGCGUCGUGUUCACGCGCGGCUGUCAGUGAAGUCACGCGCCUCCUCCUCCUCCUCGAGCUGCAGGUUCGCUCGCGCUUCCCCGCUGAGGAUCCGGACGCAGGCCGCCGUCCCAGAUCUCUCUCUCUCUUCCUCUCCUACUCGAUUUGCACGCGACUGCGUCCUGAUAACGGAAACCGCGCGUGGGUUUGAGUUGGGGAAAAAACACUCGAAAGCUCGAGACAAAAAAAAGAAGAAAAAAAAAGGCACGGAUCUUCCUCGCUUUUAGCUUUUCUCUGGAGACCCCCAAACCGGGCGAUGGGAUGAAAAUGCGACGUCAUAGAGUGUUUUUGCUUUGCACAGUGGGGCUGUGUGUCAUUUCUUUCCUGCACUAUUACAAGGCACUGCAUUACGUGUCUUUGCUACGGGAACUUACAGCUCCAUACCCAAACAUCAAGUCCUUUAUAAUGGUGACUGGAUUUUUCUGGAAAGAGAAAGCCACCCCACUGUCCAGUGCUUCUCCAGAAGAGGGACCUCCACCAGUCCUUAGAUCUUCAGAGACCAGGCAUCAGGUUCAGGAAGGAACCGGAGGCAUGGGUGCAUUAUUGGAUUUGAACAUGCCUGGAGAGCCCAGAGCACCACAGCCCUGGGUGAGACCGGAGGAACCGCAACAAAACAAUCCAGACACUGAGAAGGAAGAUGAUAAGAUGAUCAUGUGGAAACCCAGUAGUGCAGUUCGCCAAGGAAUGGAGCUUGUUCGAUCGAAUGCUCCCAGUGUGGUAGUGAAGAAGCAGGAACUCCAGCAUGCGUCAACUCCAGAUCCCCUUCUGUUUCUGGGUGACUUACACAAGAGACACUUAACCCUUCAGGAAGACAACACACCCUACUUUGUUCGCACCAAAGCUGGCGCUCUGUGUUUCCGUCAGGGGACAGAGAUUGUGCCAUCGAGAGAUGAUUCUGGGGCAGGUAAAAGUAAGCCUACAGUGUCUGGGGUCUUUCAUAGGAACAUCUUGCAAGUUGCAGAGGAGUCCAACACUCAUGCAAAAUCAGUGGAUGACUCCAGUCCCAGCCAAUUGAAGCCCAAACGCGGCAAGCGUCUCGUAAAGUGCGUAUGUCGAUCUGGCUGGCAUGGUCCUUACUGUGGAGUGCCUACAAUGGUGUACCACUCAAAUCUGCCCACGAAAGACAGACUGACCCCUCGUGAGAAGCCACGACGUGUCAUUAAUGCCAUUAACAUCAACCAUGAGUUUGACCUACUCCAUGCUCGUUUCCAUGAGCUGGUUGAUGCUGUUGACAUCUUCCUGGUAUGCGAAUCUAACUUCACAGCAUAUGGAGAGAGGCGCCCGUUGAGCUUUUUGCAUCUGCUGCUCAAUGGCACUUACGACUACGUACGUCAUAAGAUCCUUUAUGUGUUCCUGGACCACUUUCCUGAAGGUGGCCGACAGGAUGGCUGGAUUGCUGACGACUACCUGCGCACUUUCCUUACACGGAAUGGCAUGAGUCGAGUGCUGGGUUUGCGGCCUGAUGAUGUUUUUCUCAUCAAUGAUGCUGAUGAGAUCCCCGCCCGUGAGGGCAUUCUUUUUCUCAAGCUGUUUGAUGGCUGGACCGAGCCAUUCGCCAUCCACAUGCGCAAAUCACUCUAUGGCUUUUUCUGGAAGCAGCUUGGCUCUCUCGAAGUGGUUUCAGGAUGCACAGUGGGGAUGCUGAAAGAGGUCUAUGAAAAUGACGGUAUCCGCUUGCGCCGGAGAGAGUACUACACAAUGCCUAAUUUUCGCAAAUAUGAAAAAGACACAGGACACAUUUUGGUGCAGUGGUCAGUUGGAAGCCCGUUCCACUUUGCUGGGUGGCACUGCUCCUGGUGCUUCACACCUGAGGGCAUCCACUUCAAACUCAUAUCUGCCCAGAACGGUGACUUCCCCCGCUGGGGUGACUACGAGGACAAGCGGGACCUUAACUACAUUCGUGAUCUGAUCCGGACUGGGGGUUGGUUUGAUGGGUCUGUGCAGGAAUACCCGCCCACGGACCCUAAAGAGCACAUGUAUGCCCCCAAGUACAUGUUAGACAAUUAUGAGAACUUUCGUUACCUGCUGGAGAACCCUUAUGUCAAGCAGCCUGCAUUGAGUGGGGGGUAAGGAGGAGACAAUGUGGGGUUUAGAUGUAGUUCAUCUGAAUAAUCAAGAAAAAUAGGGUCCAGUGGAAGUUAUCAGGGGAGGAAGGGAACUAAACUUUGCUUACAUCCUAUACACCUUCCUUAGUCAUUGGAACAAACCCCAAAGGUUAUUUACCACCACCCAGUCCCUGGCAGAGAAGUUUGGGAACAGCCAUGAAAAUGGAUUGAACAUAAGUGAUUUUUUGUUUGUUUGUUUCUAUUGCUCUUUGCUCAGUGGAUAUGCAGAACCCAUCAAGAGCUGGUGUCAGAGCACUCCAUCGGUGAUGAGCUUAUCACACUCUGACCCUUGUGUGUGAGAGAUGAAGAGAAAGAGUGUGUGUGCAUUCAUGUGUUUGGCCUUCAUGGUUCCUUGUGCACUCCUAUCACUUUUGCUUAAAGUUAAAAAAAAAAAAAUUAAAACCAUGCAGAUUUAUCAUUUA